AUGGUCUCCCCCGAAAGGCUGAAGGAAGUAUGGGUCCCGCUGUCGGACGAGUAUUCGUACAAGAAGCGCAAAUUGCGCGUCGCCACGAUCGGCGCGGGCUUCUCGGGGUUGAUCUUCGCGCACAAGAUCCAGCACGAGCAGCCCGAGCUGCAGGAAUUUGUGGAUCAUGUCAUCUUCGAGGCCAACGACGAUGUCGGCGGCACGUGGAAGGCCAACACGUACCCGGGCGUGCAGUGCGACGUGCCGGCCCAUAUCUAUGCUUUCCCUUUUGAUCCGAAUCCCGACUGGUCAAAGUUCUAUGCUGAUGGGCCGGAGAUUCUCGAGUAUAUCCAGCGGACGGUCAAAAAGUGGAAUCUCAAUCGAGACAUUCAGUUCAAUACGCGCGUCGUUGCUCUCGAGUGGCUGGAAGAGGAAGGGAAGUGGAAGAUCCGCGUCCGGAAGGACGGACAGGAGGAAAGGGAUGAGUUUGCCGAUGUCCUCGUCUCAGCUCAGGGCUUUCUCAGCCAAUGGAAAUGGCCAGAUAUACCCGGCAUUGAGACGUUCAAGGGCCACAAAGUCCACUCAGCAGCCUGGGAUCACUCCUUCGACUACUCGCACAAACGGAUUGGAAUCAUCGGGAACGGAUCGUCCGCCAUCCAGAUUUUGCCACAAAUGGCCAAGUUGCCGGGCACCCAGGUAGUGAGCUUUCAAAGGGGAGCCACCUGGAUCACUCAGAGUCUGGGCGAGGCGCUCGGUGUCGGUGACGAUGGGCAACCCGACGACGAGGGCGUCGAGGAUCAGGAGAUGACGAAUGGCGACGAAGGUGUUGAUAUGACGGAAGUCGGUGAAGAGGUAGGGAGCAAGUUUAACCCGGGAUACACCAAGGCCGACAAGAGGCGGUUCCGAAAUCCUGCAAAACACAAGGCAUAUCGCAAGAUGCUGCAACAUGGGAUGAACAAAGGAUUCAGGCUGUUCCGCAAAGGCUCUGUCCAAAACGCCAAAUCCACCGAAGUCACAGUUGAGCGCAUGCGAGCAGCAUUGAACAACAACCCAGAACUCUGCGAGAAGCUCAUCCCCAACUGGACGCUCGGUUGCCGCCGCUUGACCCCGGGCGAAGGCUACCUAGAAUCCUUCCUAUUGCCAACGGUGUCAUUGGAGAAAUCGUCCAUCGCGCGCAUCACCGAGACGGGCAUCGAGACGGAAUCCGGCACGCACUACGACCUGGACGUGAUCGUGUGCGCCACAGGGUUCGACGUAUCGCACAUCCCGCACUACCCCGUGACGGGGCGCAACGGGAUGACGCUGGCAGAGAAGUGGAAAGACGAGCCCGAGAGCUACCUGAGCGUGGCGUGCCCGGACUUCCCAAACUACUUCAUCUUCACGGGGCCCAACGCCACCGUCGGCCACGGCACUCUCAUCACCAGCAUGACCUGGACGGCCGAGUACAUUGUCAAGUGGCUGCACAAGAUCGCCGGUGAGGACAUCCACUCGGCGGCACCCCGGCAGGACGCCACCGACGAGUUCGUCACCUACGGCGACGAGAUCCAGCAGACUCUCACCUGGACGGGCGCCUGCAAGAGCUGGUACAAGAAGAACCGCGUCGACGGCCGCGUCACAGCCACCUGGCCCGGCAGCGCCCUGCUCUACCGCGAGGUCAUCCUGCGCGAGAUCCGCGGCGAGGACUGGGACGUGCGCUACCGCUCGCGGAACCGUUGGCGCGGCAUCCUGGGUAACGGCUUCACCAGGCUCGAGAUCGAUGCUGAGGAGAAGGAGCAGCAUGGCGAGUCGGUCGAUUUGGCCUUUUAUGUUGCUCGUUGA